AUGGUGCAAAGGUCAAAAGUUAAUGGCCCAUCGCAAGCAGAGAUCCUUCUCCGCGUAACAUCAGGAAUUGCCGCAGAGCUCAUCAGAGCCCAAGAUGCGAACGAAUCUGUUUCAUUGAACGAGAUUCGCGCGAAGAUGAGCAAGAAGUUUGGAUACGGGGGUGUACCACGGCUCGUGGACAUCAUCAGCGCCAUUCCAGACGAGUACAAGAAGUCGUUGUUGCCCAAGUUAAAGGCACGGCCUAUCCGAACUGCCAGUGGAAUCGCUGUCGUCGCGGUGAUGUGCAAGCCCCAUCGGUGUCCGCAUAUUGCGAUGACGGGAAAUAUCUGCGUGUAUUGUCCAGGAGGCCCAGAUUCCGACUUCGAUUACAGCACACAGAGUUAUACAGGAUACGAACCCACGAGCAUGCGCGCUAUUCGCGCUCGAUACGAUCCUUACGAGCAGACGAGAGGGAGAGUGGAGCAGUUGAAGAGUCUGGGACACAGUGUGGACAAGGUCGAGUUCAUCGUCAUGGGUGGCACUUUCAUGAGCAUGCCGGAAGACUAUCGAGGGAAGUUCAUCGCUCAGCUGCAUAAUGCACUAUCAGGUUUUACCGGAACAGACGUGGACGAGGCUGUGAGAUUUUCGGAACAAAGCAAGUCAAAAGCCAUCGGUAUUACUAUCGAGACACGGCCAGAUUACUGUCUACGGCCGCAUCUGAGCCAGAUGCUCCGGUACGGCUGCACACGCCUCGAAAUUGGCGUGCAAUCCGUCUACGAAGACGUCGCUCGCGACACAAACCGAGGACACACCGUCCGCGCCGUCACAGAGUCCUUCCACCUCGCCAAAGACGCUGGCUUCAAAGUCGUCGCGCACAUGAUGCCCGACCUGCCCAACGUAGGCGUUGAGCGCGACCUGGAGCAGUUCAAAGAGUACUUUGAGAACCCUGCAUUCAGGAGCGAUGGGCUGAAGAUCUACCCGACCCUUGUCAUUCGUGGGACUGGGUUGUAUGAGCUAUGGCGGACAGGCAGGUAUAAGAACUAUACAGCGAAUGUGCUUGUGGAUGUUGUGGCGAGGAUUUUGGCGUUGGUGCCUCCGUGGACCAGAGUGUAUCGAGUACAAAGAGAUAUUCCACUGCCUCUCGUAACCAGCGGAUGCGAGAAUUCCGGUAAUUUACGAGAGCUUGCUCUCAAUCGUAUGAAAGACUUCGGUGCUGUCUGUCGCGAUGUGCGGUUCCGCGAGGUCGGAAUCCAUGAGAUCCACCACAAAGUUCGUCCAGAGUCGGUAGAACUGCUUCGACGUGACUACACCGCAAAUGGGGGUUGGGAGACCUUCCUUUCGUACGAAGAUCCGGAGAAGGACAUCCUGAUCGGGCUGCUCCGACUGCGCAAGUGCUCUGACGAGGGUACUUUCCGGCAUGAACUAGUGCGCAAGGAGGGAGGAGGUUGCAGCAUCGUCCGAGAGCUGCAUGUGUAUGGCACGGCCGUGCCCGUGCAUGGAAGAGAUCCUACAAAGUUCCAGCACCAGGGUUUUGGCACUUUGCUAAUGGAGGAAGCGGAACGGAUAGCACGAGAGGAGCAUGGGAGUAUAAAAUUGGCGGUCAUCUCCGGUGUUGGUACCCGGGAUUACUAUAGGAAGCUGGGGUAUGAACUUGAUGGGCCGUAUAUGAGCAAAUCCCUGAUAUAA